GUCCUGAGAUCUGUGGAGUUGUUGCGCUUCUAUUGUGGAAGGCGAGUCUCGUUGGGAAAUAACGCGUGUAUUGGCACAAGGAAUCGUUGUGUUGUAUCAUUUUCACAUUCAAUGGGAUUGUCGUCUCGUACUUGGCGAGAGCAUCAGAGAGAUCCCACCUGGCUUUGUUAAGCCUACAUGCCUGUGAAAUGACCGCAUCUCCUGCUUGCCCUCCCAUGGAGUGAGCAGUUGUCCUUGACAGUGAAACAGAGAUAAAGAGACCCAUUCUCCUCCUAUGGAUUACAGACCUAUAGGUCUGAACGCCCUGACGUGGGUCAGUCUUCAUUCACAGACUUCUCCCAUCGCAGUCAAGCUCCUUCGCUAUUCCAUAAAAUGCUGGAGUUGGAAUUUCUGGUCUGGACAAUUUAACGCCAGGUAUGAAUGUCCCUAACUUUAGGACCAGAGAUACAGCAGACAAGGCCGUAGAAGCUUGAGAAGCACCUCACCUCAGAAAUGCAGACUGAUGAUCUAUUUGCCAAAAAGCUUCAAGCCUUGAAUGGGGAUAUGGGACCUCCUGGUGCAAACACACAGGGAACACCAGCAGUGCCCAAGAUGGGCGUACGUGCAAGAGUGUCAGAUUGGCCACAGAAGAAGGAUGGCCAUGGUCCACCACCCAGAUACGAAAGCCUAAUGACGACCUUCCAGAAUGGACAACCCAGUCAGUUGCCGGAAGAUGUGGUCAAACAAAGCCCAGGUUCUCCUCUCAACCCCAGCUUUCUGGAGGCAAAAUAUGGACUUGGUGAACUUCUGAGCCACUCUCCUGGUAAAGUACACCACGCUCUCCAGAAGAGGAGCAAUAGUGACGUCACCAUCAGCGAUAUAGGGGCAGAGGACAUGGAUCAGACUGCAGUCAACCCCAAUACAGGUGCCAAUUUGCACCGAGAGUACGGAAGCACAUCCUCCAUCAAUCACCAGGGUUUGCCCGAUGAAGGUUUUUUUGGCAAUCUGAAAGUUUUCCAGCCAGAACUCUCAGAGCAACCGAGCGCACCACCUCCGCAUGGCUUUCCAGAAUUUCGCCGGUAUGAGGCCGCCAUUUCUUCAAGUCUCCAGACUGCUGCGCAGAUUGCAAGGGGGGACAUUCUCUGCAUUCCGAACUACUCAGACUAUGUAGACAGUUCACUCUUCUACAGUCGGGAAAGGGAGAAGUCCUUCCUACAGCGACAGAAAUCUGAAAAGGGCGAGACGUCCAUUUUCCGCAGACUGAAGACUAUGAAGAGCGAACAGCGGCAACUAAGCGAACAUGACGAUUGUAGUAGACACGGUCGUCCAUUGAGUUUCCAGAGAUGUUUCGCCCACUAUGAUGUCCAGAGCGUGCUUUUCAAUAUAAGUGAGGCUGUUACCAAUCGUGCCAACUUAGCACGUCAAAAGAAUAUUACUACGGGGGCUUCUGCAGCAUCCCAACAUCAAAUUGGUGGGGGAAUGGACAGUCCUGACCCCAUGUCUAUUUGCGAGUCCCCUUUGGACAGCUGUGAGGAACUAGGGCAAAAAGCUUCCACAGACCCUGACGAAGGGGACAGGAAGAGCAAUGGUUUGGUGCUGAGCUGCCCGUACUUUCGUAAUGAGAUAGGUGGAGAAGGUGAGAGGAAACUGAGUGGACCCCACAACAAUGUAGGUGACAAUUAUACUAUAGAGUCUACUUUAAGUUCACACUGCACUAAUGCGGGGGUUUCCGUCUUGGAAAUGUCCCGUGAGAAUUACGCCUCUCGUGAAAACUACGCUGUUCCACGGGAUUGCAUCAAACGCUACAUCAUUGAGCACAUUGACAUGGGCGCAUACUACUACCACAAAUUAUUUUUCAGUAAAGAGCACCAGAACUACUUCGGUGUUGAUGAGAACUUGGGCCCGGUGGCAGUUAGCAUUCGGAGAGAGAAGCUGGAGGAGGGGAAGGAGGGACCGCAGUAUAAUUAUAGGGUCAUCUUCAGGACCAGCGAGCUCACCACUUUGAGAGGCUCAAUUAUGGAGGAUGCCGUUCCCUCCACGGCUAAGCAUGGGACUUCCCGUGGACUCCCUCUUAAAGAGGUGCUGGAGUACGUAGUUCCUGAGGUCAACAUUCAGUGCCUCAGACUGGCCACCAGCUCACCUAAAGUUCUAGAACAACUGCUGAAGCUAGAUCAGCAGGGGCUGAGUUACCAGCACAAAGCGGGCAUCCUGUACUGCCAGGCCGGGCAGAGCACAGAGGAGGAGAUGUACAAUAAUGAGACUGGUAGUCCCGCACUGGAAGAGUUUCUGGAGCUGCUGGGUCAGAAAGUCCGACUGAGGGGGUUCAACAAGUACAGAGCACAGCUGGACAGCAAAACGGACUCCACUGGCACUCACUCUCUCUACACCACCUAUAAAGACUUUGAACUGAUGUUUCAUGUCUCUACAAUGCUGCCCUACCAGACAAGGCACAGAUUUGAUCUACUGAGGAAAAGGCACAUUGGAAAUGACAUCGUUACCAUAAUUUUCCAGGAACCAGGAGCUUUUCCAUUCACACCCCAAAACAUUCGCUCUCACUUUCAACAUAUCUUCAUCAUUGUCAAAGUUCACAAUCCUUGCACAGAGCAUGUAUGUUACAGCAUUGCAGUUGCCAGAUCCAAAGAUGUGCCUGUGUUUGGACCUCCCAUACCCAAGGGAGUGAUGUUUCCAAAGUCUGCUGUAUUCCGGGACUUCCUGCUGGCUAAGGUGAUCAAUGGCGAAAACGCGGCCCACAAGUCUGAGAAGUUCCGUGCCAUGGCGACGCGUACCCGCCAGGAAUACCUUAAAGACCUAGUGGAGAACUUCACCAGUGCAACGCCUGUGGAUGCCUCGGGUGCAAAAUUCAGCUUCAUCAACCUAGGCGCCAAAAAGAAGGAGCGCAGCCGGCCAAGGAACAACGCUCAUCUGUACAGUACGGGAGCCAUCACGUGGUCGGUGGUUGCCCGGGACAGUUGCCAGUCCACUGAUAUUGGUUGUUUGCUGGCCAUCUCCAGAGAGUUUGUGGCGCUCAUUGAGGAAGCGUCCCGGGAAGUGGUUUUCAACUGUUACUGCAAGGACGUGAUUGGUUGGAGCUCGUCCUCAAUGGUGGGCAGGGUGAAGCUCUUUUACGAGCGCGGUGACUGUGUGGUGUUUUCCGUGCAGGAUGGAUGCCCAGAGGAAGUUCGAGAGGUCGUACAGCGAUUAGAGAUGGUCACCAGGGGUUGUGAGUCGCUAGAGAUGAUCCUGCGCAGAAAUGCCCUGGGCCAGCUGGGCUUCCAUGUCAACUUUGAAGGUGUGGUAGCCGAUGUGGAGCCAUUCGGGUUUGCCUGGCAGGCAGGACUUCGCCCAGGCUGCCGUUUGGUUGAGAUCUGCAAGGUCGCUGUUGGGACUCUAACUCACGAGCAGAUGAUUGACUAUUUGCGGACCUCCACACCUGUUACGGUGGUGGUCAUACAGCCACAUGAGGAUGGCACCCCCAGAAGAGGUGCCUCAGAACUGCAUCGUGUCCCCUACAUGGAGUACAAGACUCUUGGUCCCGGGCCUGGUUGGCACAGGAUGACUCACGUUCCCCAGGGGCUGCCGCUGUCUCGUGUUUCUCCCACUCAGGGUCCAGAUCGACCCUCCCCGAGCCAACAGAUGUUCCAGUACGCCCAAGCUGCCAUUUCGCGUAGCACUUCUUUUGAUAAGAAGUACCAGGAUGGAUCCAGGGUAUUGCAGGACUUCGAGAUGGUUCAGAGUCCAUCUGGAAAUCCCGGACAGCACUACUGCAGUUCUCCCAGUAACCAAUCAACCUCCAGUGACCCCGGUCCCUGCGGCACAUGGGCCCAGAAAGCCAGUUAUGACGGAUUGCAAUCACCUGCCCUUCACGACCAACCAGAAGAAAAAGAGGCAGACGGGCACAGGGAUAUAGAGCACAAGAUGGAGAGGACACGAUCUGCCGGAUCGCCUUGUGUUCCUGAAGCCAAGUGGCACAUCCCAUCCACCAAGAUCCUGAACCGAGGUCUACAGAGACAGGGGACGAAAGAAUCACCUGGUAAAUUCCCUCGGACCCGUGAGAAGAGCUGCCACAGUCAUUGCUCCAGCCACUCCAGUAACAACACCCUCUCCAGCAAUGCUUCUAGCGGCAGCGACGAGAAACAUUUUGGUUCUGGAGACCCGAUGGAUCCAGAGUCCCUGGGUCUCACCUACAUAAAGGGGGCGUCUACUGACAGCGGCAUAGAUACAGCACCCUGCAUGCCGCCUCCACCUCCUGCCCUGCCCCUGACUGGAGUGGGACCCUCACGGAUGGUCGUGAGAGAUGGGAGGGUUGAGACGGGACUCCCAUGGCCUCUGGAAUACCAUGAGGAUGGUGAGACAGAUGAAGGAAGGGCAAAGAUGUUCCUGUCUCAAGGAUAUGUUCCCGCUACACCCACCGGUCAUACCACGGAUGGCAGCACCGGAGAUCUGAGUGAGAUCUCCUCUCUUUCUAGUGGUUCUCGUCAUUCUGGAAGCCCCUCUGAACGCUGUUCGAAGAACUCCAACUCCAUUGAGCCCUCAAAAAUCUACAUUAUCUCUCCUACGGACACGACUCCAAUUGGAGGGCGGGAAAAGCAUUCACUUAGCUGUCAGUCACAUGGCGAGAAGUAUUUGACUGGCUGGAAGAAAGGAGAAAAUGACCACUUACUGGAGGAUCAAGGGCAAGCUAGAGACUUCAGGGGGCUCUAUUUGAGAGACCCAUCCCUGGUGGUUAACAGUGCUGGUGAGAAGCUCCAGACGCUCUCUAAGGAGGCCUUCCUCAGGAUGCUUCUACCCAACAGUCCCCCGGGGCAGGCAAGUCGAGGCAAGAUACCACUUGUCGGUCAGUCUCCACGCCGCUCCCUGUACCGGACACUCUCAGACGAGAGCUUGUGCAGCAGCCACCGGAGGGCGCUGUCCUUAGCUAGCUCUCGUAGCUCCAUGCUGGACCAGGCUGUGCCCAACGACAUCCUGUUCAGUAGCACCCUGCCCUACCACAGCACCCUACCACCUCGCAUGGGUCUUAACCACGCUGCCCGUCAGCUCAAAAGUGAGUGCUCGCAGAUGUCAAUAAUUCUUCGCUCACUUUUAGAUCAAACUGCGACCUCUCUGAGUUCUCUGACUGAAGAAGAGCAGACCAAGCAGGUUCUGGAGCUCUCUGAGGAGCUGAACAGAAGAGUGGCAUGCGUGGACGCCUCAACCCUACCAGCAGGGGAAGGCUCUCCUACUCUGCUCACUGGGAAGGUUAACCAGCUGGAGCUCAUUCUUCGACAGCUGCAGUAUGACCUAAGGAAGGAGCAAGAAGACAAGGCUAUGCUCCAGGAACAAGUUCAACACCUUCGUCAAGACAACCUUCGACUGCAUGAAGAGAGCCAGACAGCAGCUGCGCAGCUGAGGAGAUUUACUGAAUUGUUUCUGAACACAAUGGACAUGAAACCUUGAGCUGAAGUAGUCCAUAGCUUCCCGUUGUUGUGCUUCGCAAACUACAUAACCCAAGGAUAACUAGUCCAGCGUACUGUAAAGAAGAUGUUAGGGGAGAAAUUUCAGCAUUUGAAUGUGAACGUGUGCAGAGCUAAUAGGCUAACACACUAAGUCGUAGUUGGCAGGACAUGAGAAUGUGAAUGAGAAAAGGGAGAGUAAGACAUUAAAUAAGGUAUGUGAUAAGGAUUGGAAGGGAAAAAUGAUCGUGAAAGUGAAUGCAAUGCAAUAAGCCGUGAUUUCUUUCUAAAUUCUUUGGUUCCUUGGGUUUAACGCCUUCAAGCAACCAUCGUAACUCAAGUUCAGUCCUGGCUUUGUAGCUGUCCACCCCCAUCAUUUGUCGAAAUGUAGACCAGCCGGAUGCAACGUUCCUUAGUGUCCGAAGCUCCCCAAGACUAGGUGUACUGUAUACCUGUUUUAAAAUGCAUUUUUGUAAGUAACACAUUGAGAGAUAGGUUGUAGCAAUAAUUUUGCUGAUGUUGUAAUCACAAUUGUUCAAUAAGAUUAGCACUGAGUGUGAUUUGGUUGUAUUCAAAUACUUUUAUGUAGAAAAACAAAGUCUUUUGUGUGCCUGAUGUUACUGGUGGUAAAAGAAUAGUCCCUCGGUUGUUUUCGUUAAUCCAUAUAACUGUCCAAGUGCUUAUAAAAUCCAUGCCCACUGCUCUUAUCCGUUAGGCUGCCGACUGGCUUUGUUUUACCCAAACAACACAGACAUUAAACGAUUGAACUUGUGUGGGUGGGCUAGUACAUGCAGACUAGCACCUGUAAACCACUUGAUAUAAAAGCCAAAUUUUGCUUGUUGGUGUAAAGUACCUCAGAAAAGUGUCUUGUACCUUUGCCCUCUUAUUUAAGCUUAUUUAACCUAAGAUUGUUAUUUUAAUGAGAGUAUUUUCCUUUUCUGCACUAAAAAGAGUAAUGGCUCCAUGUGGCAGUACUUGUGUACCAUGUCAGCAGUACUGUGUAUAGCUUGGCUGAGAGGUAACUGUAAACAUAAAAUGGUUUAUUUCUGGGAAGUUUGGAUGCUGCUAGAGGACAGGAUGUUGUUUUUUAUGGCCUUUUAAAGAUGUUUUUAUUUCUUUGUAAAUCUGUUUCAUUGAGGUUGGGAUGAAAUGCUUACCUUUGUAAAAUAAAGUUUAGGAUGUCAA